ACAACAAUAUAUUGUGUCUCAAGUGAAUCUAGACAAGACCGCUGGUCUCCCAUAGAACGUGCAGAAAGAUCAAGAGGCUUAAAAACGCGCUCAACUGAAACGUGUUUUGUUGGGGAAAAGAAAAAAAAGGCAAAUAGCAACGGAAAUAAGAUGUUUGUACAGGUCGCUCUGGUCCUGUUUGUAUUGUUUAUAUUAUACAUUGGAUUUGAAUGGAGAGGUAAAAAAAUGAUCUACAUAGAAGGACAAGGAGUGUUCAUCACAGGCUGCGAUACAGGAUUUGGAUAUGAGGUUGUGAAACGACUUGAUAAAUUGGGUUUUACUGCGUUUGCUGGUUGCCUUAAUCCCGACGGUGAAGGUGCUGAGGCACUGAGGGCAAGCUGCUCAGAAAACGUCCACAUCGUCAAGCUAGACGUCACAAACGCAGACGACAUCCGCCAGGCACGUGCCUAUGUGGAAAAGGUACACGGAGAGACCGGAUGUGGACUAUGGGGGAUCGUUAACAAUGCUGGAAUAGAUCUGUACGGCGAUGUGGAGUUGCUGACCAUGGACUUGUACAGACAAGUAGCCGACGUUAACCUCUUUGGAAUGAUUAACGUCACCAAGAUGUUCCUACCUCUCAUAAGAAAAUCAAAAGGUAGAGUGGUAAAUGUAACCAGCGUAAAAGGAAGGAUUUACUUCCCCUGCAUAUCAGCUUGCGGAGUCACUAAACAUGGCAUUGAGACGUUUUCGGAUUGUCUUCGUGUUGAGAUGGCUAGGUUUGGAGUCAAAGUGUCUCUUGUUGAACCUGGGAGCUUUAGCACUUGUACUGCUAUAGUGAAGGGAGAUAAUUACAAACGUCUGUUGAGGGCCCGAGAUUCAAUGUGGGAGGCAGCUGAUCCGGAAGUGAAAGAAACAUACGGAAGAGAUUAUUUCUUUGCACAGUAUGAAAGACUUUCCCAUUUAACGUCAUCGUAUCCAAACUGUGAUCCUGUAUCGGACGUAAUAGAAGAUGCUUUAGCAAAUGAGAAUCCAGCCGCAAGGUACCUAGUGGCUGGGGGAUCGGGUUUCUAUGAUGAUUGUAUCCUGGCGAGAAUAAUCAAUUUUGUUCCAACUUGUGUUAUGGACUUCUUAUCUUCGAGAUGGGCUCUAAAAGGUCUACCAAAGAUGAAGUCGUUACAAUUAAAAGGAAAAUAAUAAUUUAUUUGUAUUGCAUCGAAUGUGUAAUUACAUAAUGUUGAAAAUAGUU